GUUCAAGUCGGAGUGGUUCUUGAUAUGGCAUCACCAGAAGGGAAGAUUAUACACAGCUGUAUUUCCAUGGCAAUUUCUGAUUUCUACAGUCUACAUACUCAUUAUAAGACAAGACUUGUUCUCCACAUUGAGGAUUCGAAAGGAGAACCUCUGUAUGCUCUAUCAGCAGCUCUCAAUCUUCUAAAAAACACAAAAGUGAGAGCAAUCAUUGGUGUACAAACAUCACUUGAAGCAAAGCUCUUGGCAGAGUUAGGAAACAAAGCUAAAUUCCCAGUAAUUUCUUUCUCUACGCCUAGUCCUUCUCCAUCGUUUGCCAAAUACCCUUACUUCCUCCAAAUCACGGAGGAUGACAUUCAUCAAGCUAAAGGCAUUGUUGCUAUGAUUGAAGCAUUCAAGUGGAGAGAUGUGAUCCUUAUCUACGAGGACACAGAUAGUGUAAGAGAUAUUAUACUAUAUUUUUUUGAUUUCUUUUAUGAAAAAAACAUUCGAAUUGCUUUUAAAAAUGCCUUUAGUACUACAUCUGAAGACGAUCACAUCAUUGAGGAGCUUCAAAAGCUAAAGGAAUUACAAACUACAGUAUUUGUGGUGCAUGCCUCACAUUUUCUUGUAUCUCGCAUUUGCUUAACUGCCAAAAGUUUAGGGAUGAUGAAUGAAGGAUAUGUUUGGAUUAUGACCACAAAGAGCAUGAAUGUUAUCCAUUCCAUGGAUUCAUCUGUGAUUGAAUCAAUGCAAGGAGUGAUUGGUUUCAAGUCUUACAUUCCACCAUCCAAGAAGCUUGAAAAUUUUACCAAAAGAUGGAGAAGAAAAAUCCAUGCUCAACAGCUUGAAAUUGAAGUGACGGAUUUAAGUGCAUAUAGUUUGUGGGCAUAUGAUUUUGCUUGGGCUCUAGCAAAAGCAAUUGAGAAGCCAAAUAAAAUGGGAUUGAACCUAAUUGAUUUGUAUAACUUGACAACAUCUAAAUAUGGUUCGAUGCUUACUAAAGAGAUAUUGCAGAGUAGAUUUAAAGGUUUAAGCGGUGCCUUUCAAUUUGUGGAUGGAAAACUAGUCUUAAAUACAUUUGAAAUAGUGAAUGUGAUAGGAAGAGGAGAGCGAAGAGUUGGAUACUGGAAUGCUGUUGGAAACAUCACAAGAGAAUUAUACUCAUUAUCAAAUAAUGGAAGUAAUUUGUCUUCUUAUUCUUCUUCUUCUGCUAGCUAUCCUAAUGAUCUUGAAGACAUUAUAUGGCCAGGAGGUUCUGCUACCACUCCUAAAGGUUUUGUGAUGAAAACAAUUAGUCAAAAGCUUAGAAUAGGUGUUCCAGUAAGGUUAGGAUUUCAAGAAUUGGUGAAGGUGGAUCAUGAUCCUCAAACAAAUACAACUGUUGCUACUGGCUUUUGUGUUGAUAUAUUUAAGACUGCCAUCCAAACUCUACCCUAUGAUGUAUAUUAUGAGUUUAUACCCUUCAAUGUUACAAAAUUACAAUCAUCAGCUAUUCACUUAUACAAUGAUCUUAUCGACCAAGUCUAUUUACAGAAUAUUGAUGGUGCUGUUGGAGAUAUAACAAUCACUGCAAACAGAUCCUUAUAUGUUGACUUCACAUUACCAUUCACAGAUAUGGGCUCCGCAAUGGUAGCUCCAAAACAAAAUGAAAAGGGCAUGUGGAUUUUCUUGAAGCCACUUACGAAAGAACUUUGGCUAUCGAGUGCUGGAUUUUUCCUUUUGACAGGCUUUAUUGUGUGGGUGAUAGAACAAGGGAUCAACAAUGAAUUCCAAGGCUCACCAUCUCAACAAAUUGGAACAAUAUUUUGGUUCUCCUUCUCAACACUUGUUUUUGCUAGUGGGGAAAGGUUGUUAAGCAACUUGUCAAAAUUCGUAGUUCUUGUGUGGGCAUUUGUGGUACUUAUAUUCACUUCUAGCUAUACAGCUACAUUGACUUCAAUGAUGACGGCUCGGCAGAUUCAACUGAACUCAAAGGAGAAUGACAUUAUAUGGUAUGAACCUAUAUCUUCCCACGCCCAUGGAGAUAGUAACUUGCAUUUUGAAAAUUUUCAUCCUAAGACUUUUAACACUGAGGAAGAAUUUGUGAAAGCUUUAUCCAAGGGAAGAAAGAAUGGUGGAGUUUCUGCUAUUGUUGAUAGGCUACCAUACAUCAAAUUGUUCCUUGCCAAGUACCCCAAAAAUUAUUCCAUGGUUGGACCCAUCAUGCAUACGACCAAUGGCUUUGGCUUCGCUUUUCGCAAAGGGUCACCAUUGGUCCCUCACAUCUCAAGAGCAAUUGCUAAACUAAGAGAAGAAGGAAAGCUUGCUAUGAUGGAAAAUGCAUGGCUUAAAAGCCAUUCAACUUUGGCAUCAGAAUUGGAAGAAAAUGCAGACAAUGAUGUGAAACCUCUUACCUUUGAGAGCUUCCGCGGGUUAUUCUUUAUCAGUGGAAUUUCUUCAACUUUCGCUCUCGCUAUAUUUUUUGUGUUGCGGCUUCAUAAAAAAUGGCAAGUUGUGAAAAGCUAUAACUUUCAUUUUAGUGAUUGUUCCUUAAAGACCAUAUUUCAGAAGAAAAUUGUUAGAAGGGUGCCACAAACCAAUGGUUGGAAGGAAGCAUGUCGUGAUCAAAGUGGAAGGCAACUAUGGUUGGGAGAUGAGAUCUUUGUCAAAAAAAUGAGACAUGGGAUCGUGUUUCUCUUCCAUUACAAAAGAAACCAAUGGAUUCAAAUCCGUAAGCAAAUCCCAAGGGGAGAUCUUUACGAUGCCCCAUUAGGGGAGAUCUCUAAGUUGCCCCGGGUGUAUGACGCAUGUCAUGUUCUAAGUGAAAGUCCUGAGAAGCCUCUGUGCUUUAGGCUUGCUACGGGUUCUGGCAACCUUAAGCUGACCCAAUCUCGAGCGUCGGGUUGGAGUCACCAAUAUCCCCCAUACCACAAAAAACCCAAUAUUUUACACCAAUCAUUUGAGUUUGAAGAAGAGAAGGGAGUGGGACAUGAAGAGGUAGAAGAUAAAUAUGAAAAUCUCUUUAACCAAUUAUUGAAGAUUCAAGAAGACCAAGGAAUGAAACUUAAAGAGAUGGUAGCUAAAUUGGAUGAUCUUGAAACAUCAAUGAAGAAAAAUGAGCUAUCAAUUAAGAUGAUGAAUGGAGUUUAUGAGGAGGAACAAAAUACUCAAGCUGGGGACAAUGGGUUAAACUAUGAUAAUGCUUCAUGGGAAUUUGAAUCUGCAGAAGAAGUGGAGCCUUAA